AUGGCUCAUCAUCAGCUACCGAAAUACGAUGACCAGUCCGACAACUGGAAGGCCUACAUCACGAAGGCAGAAGCCUAUUUUGAGGCAACUGGCGUCAGUGACUUGGGAAAGAAGAGGGCGUUGCUGGUAGCAGCAUUGAGUACGCACACCGUGCAAGUGCUCUCAGGACAGGUUGCACCGAGGAAGCCAAACUCGCUGACGUACGAGGAAGCAGUCAACGUUUUGGAUGACUACUUCGACCCCAAGCGUCAUGAAAUAACGGAGAGCUAUCAGUUCUUCAAUCGCUGCCAGUUGGAAGGAAGCAGCCGUACCCCCGCCAUGCAUGCCGUCCUGUCAGAGUUCAAAGACGUCUUCAGCCCCAAGCUGGGUCUAAUUGACGGACACCCUGUCCACCUGAAGCUCAAGGAAAGUGCCAUGCUGAAAUUUUACCACCAGCCGCUCGUGGGCCUGCUGAAGGCGGAUCGACCAACUCCAGCAUUGGCAGCCGCCAGAAUACAGCGCUGGGCGCUGUACUUAGGCGGAUUCUGCUAUCAGCUUCAAUACUCUCCUGGGCCAGCCAACGAAGCAGACGAGUGGCCAUUGCCUGAAGCUACCGUGUAUGCCGGCAACUUCGGAAUGAGUGAGAAAUGGACUCCAGGAAUUGUAGAGUCUAUAACAGGCUCUCGAAUGGUAAGCAUUCGAACACCAGCCGGAUCAGUAAGACGACAUGUUGACCAGGUGCGGAAUCGGGAAGAUGCGACGCCACCGCUUGGUAAAGACCAAGAAGCGGCAAAAUGA